CACAGGUGCAUCUUUUUCAUUUGUAGGACAGAGAUACAGACGUUUUAUAAUCGUCAUUUUCUGUUAUCUCAACGAAAUAUAUUGACAGGGAUAAUCACAUUUUUGUGGUAGAGCUCAGCUGUAUUUGAUUUCGAGGCACCAUGGAAAGAUGGGUGGGGCGCAUUGCCUUGGUUACUGGAGCAUCAAGCGGUAUUGGUGCAGAGAUGACGAGAACAUUGGUGAAGAGAGGAAUGAAGGUAGUUGGCUGUGCUAGGACUAUUGAAGGAAUAGAGGCAAUUGCUGAAGAAUUAAAAGAUGAGAAGGGGUCUGUACUACCAAUUCAAUGUGAUCUAAGGGAUACCGAGCAAAUCGCUGCAAUGUUUAAGAAAAUUCGACAGACGGAUGACUUUGGAGGCGUGGAUGUAUGUGUCAACAAUGCAGGAGUUGCUUUCAGUGCUCCACUAGCUGAAGGGAAUGAAGAGAAGUGGAGGGCAAUGUUAGAAUUGAAUGUUCUUGGACUAUCAGUUGUCACAAGAGAGGCUAUCAAGUCCAUGAAGGCUCGGAAUGUCAAUGAUGGACAUAUUAUACAUAUAAACAGUAUGUGUGGACACCAAGUAACGCCUGUGGCUGAUGCACAUUUCUAUUCGGCAACCAAAUAUGCGGUGACAGCAUUAACAGAGGGUCUGCGACAGGAGUUACGGGCAAUGAAAACUAACAUUAGGGUCACGUCCAUCAGCCCUGGAUUUGUGGAAACUGCAUUCUUUGAGGUGCUUUUUGAUGGUGACCAAAAGAAAAUAGAAAGUCUGUUCAAGAGUAUAACACCUUUACAAGCAUCUGAUGUGGCAGACGCUCUGAUCUAUGCCCUGAGUGCUCCAGCCAGGGUUCAGGUUCAUGAUAUUCUUAUCAGAUCUACCAAUGAACCACUCUAAAUGGAUUCUAUUGAUUCCCUUAAGGACAAUACGGGAUACCUUCAAGUGCUUUCGAUUGUGGUGCAGAUUCUCAGGGAGAACUUUUUAAUAGUGUGAGAGCCGGCUGUUAAAAAUUAAAACUAAUAAAAGAAGUUUUAGUUUGUGCA